AAGAAUUUAACAAAGAAAUGAAAUUUGGUGAACCAUUUAUAAUAGAGGGUUAUAUGAAUUCAUGGCCAUGCUUUUCAAAAAAUGAUUCAAAUAAUAGAAAUUGGGGCAAUAUAAAUUAUCUUAAACAAAUCGCAGGGCAUAGGACAGUAAAUAUUGAAAUUGGGAAAAACUAUUUAGAUAACAACCUAUCACAAAAACUAAUAACAUUUAACGAAUUCAUUGAACAAUUUAUUGAAAAUAACAAUGAAACAAUUGGUUACUUGGCACAAACCAAAUUAUUAGAUCAAAUACCAGAAUUAAAAAAAGAUAUCAAAAUUCCUGAAUAUUGCUCCGAACAACCAAUUGUUAAUGCAUGGUUUGGUCCCAAAAACACAAUUACCCCUCUCCAUUUUGACCCCAAAAAUAAUUUUCUUUGCCAAGUGGUAGGAUAUAAAUAUAUUAAAUUAUAUCACUCAAAAUACUCAAAUUAUUUAUAUCCAAAUUCUAGUUCAAAAUUAUAUUUUAAUACAAGCAUGGUUGAUAUAGAAAAUCCUAACUAUGAAAAAUAUCAAAAAUUUAAAGAAAUCGAACCAAACUUUUUAGAAUGCGUGCUCAGGCCAGGCGAUAUUUUAUUUAUACCCAAAUUAUAUUACCACUUUGUAAAAUCUCUUUCGAUAUCUUUUUCAUUAAGUUUUUGGUGGGGUUAAAUAAAUAAAUUAAAUAUUUAAUUUAUUAACUUAAUUUAAUUAAUAUUAAGUUUAGAAAAAAAAAAUAAAAAAAAAAAAAAGAAGAAAGAAAAAAAAGUCUUGUUGACUUUUAAAUAACACCUGAUAUGCUGACACAUAAAUUCAAAAAACGAAAAAAAUAAAAAAUAAAAAAAUAAAAAAUUAAAUUUUC